ACCGCCGGCUGUGGUGGUGGUGGUGGUGGUACCGGGUAGGGAGAAACGGGCCUCUGGGCCCGAUCCGUCUUCAGUUUCCAUGCGAGGCUCCGCUUGGUAUAUCGGUCCGGGCACGUCCGAUCGUUUCUCUCGAGCGGUGGUCAUGUCGCGAGUUAGCCACGUCUAACUGCGAGAACCCGGCCGGUGAGAAAAGUGAUUGUGUGAACUUCCCCGGGCGGACACACGAGGAAGAAACCGAGGAAGAAAGACGGACAAUCGCAACAUGCGGUUUACCAAGCUGACAUUCUUAGCAGCGACGCUGCUCGUCGCCGCGAUUCUCGCCAAGGAGGACGGCUCGUCAUCAAAGAACCGUGAUAAGCGUCAGCAAUUGGCUUAUCACCUGCGAAAGAGCGGACGUUUACCGCCGUAUGCGGUGCAGAUGGAACCGAUAGUGCAAUAUUCUCAGAGAGAUCCGCUGUAUAAUCCAUUGGCCAGUUCAAAGAGUGACGAUCUAUACGAAGAGACUCCGUUGAGUUACUAUCCGCAAGAGCCCGAGCCGAUUAUCGAGAUUAUCAUCAAGGAAUCCAACGAGUCUCUUCCAACUCCGGUACCACCACCGCUUUCUUCUUCACCACGACCCAAGGAACCUAUUCAGGUGUUCUAUGUGAAGUACGAGAAGAAGAAAGUCUAUGGCGACAAAACGCGCGUUGUAUACGAUCCGCCGAUUCCCGCACUGACGCCAGUCGAGGAACACGAAGAGAUCAAACCUGAUAAUCCGACGUCCUAUACGGAAGAAUCAAUACAACCGGCGACACCAGCACCUCCUCCAGAACCGUCGACGACCUUACGCGCCAUUAUUCGACCCGACAGCGAGGUGUAUCAUUCUGGCAGCAGCGGCAUCCGCGUGACUUUCGGCACUGAACAGCUGUCACCUAACAGUCACAACAAGCGCAGUGGUGGUCUAGACAAGCCCGACAGCGGAGAUGCGCAAGAGCAACAGCAACAACACAACAGCAAACCAACAGCGUCACCGGGAGCGCCAAAGAGACAGCAUGGUCCGUAUCAACCGUUAAAUCAGCCGCCAUUGCAUUCGCCACGAGUACCGCCCGCGUUUCCGCAGCAGCGCAUAAUUAACUCGUUCCCGCCUCAACCGCAGUUUUUGCAGCAGCAGCAGCAACAACACCAACCGCCGCACCAUCAAGCACCAUUUCAGCAAGCGUUGAGAAAUCCGUCACCGACGCCAUCGAGAGCGCAGCAGCGGCAUCCUAUAACGAUCCAAGGUCUUCCGGAAGUGCACCAACGCGCGCCUUUCAACUUCGGUCCGCCGCCGCAUCGCGUCAGUAUCAAUCAUCCGCAACAACCGGGAUUUCCGUCCACUUUGUCAUCAGUGUCGCAUCAGAAUGUAAAUCUACAAAAUCAACCGCUGCCCUUGCCACAAGGCAAUUUUGCGGAACCGCCUCCGCAGCAACCGUUGUCCAUCAGACCAAAUAAUUUCAACGGACCGGAGCUUCCGCCGCAGCAGUCGCUGCCUCCGUUCAAGCAACAGGAAUUGGAGAAGCAACGAUAUCACGAGCAACGACGACAACAGGAGUUGCUUAAACAACGCGAACACCAACGUCAACACGAGCAACAUCAGCGAUUCUUAGAACAACAGAGACAGAUCGAGCAACAGAGAUUGUUGGAACAGCAAAGACAGCAGGAACGUCAGAGACAACAAGAGCAUCAACGUCUGCAGGAACAGCAGCGGCUGCAGGAGCAACAACGACUGGAACAAGAGCGAUUGCAGGAGCUGCAGCGCGUGCAGGAACAACGUAGACGGAAACAAGAGCAGGAGCAAAAGUUUCUUCAGGAACAGCAACGGUAUCAGGCACAGCUCAAAUACAAUCAGGAGCAACUUCAACACAAUCAAGCGCAGCUUCAGCAGCCACAAGUAUCGCUGCAAAAACCAGCGGGUGAAAUAUUUAAGGCCGUUCCAAAACUGGAGCAGCAUUACGCGAUCAGAGAGAAUCCUCUUCAUCCUGGUCCGUUCCCACCGAAUCCCGCGUUGUUGCAACCGACUGCGUUCCCUGAAAUUUCCCAGAACCAGUUCGCCUCCGCACAGCCGUCUAAUAUUCUUCACGAUUCGCUUAAUUCACCACCAAAUCGUUUUAUUUCCGGCGAAACUUUGCAACAACAACAUCAGCAAUUAAACGCAAAGCAUCAGUCUUAUCAGAAUCAACAGAACUUUUUCUCGCAGACGAACUCUCAACAACAUCGACCCUUGAGCACUUCUUCUCAGUAUCAAUCGAUAUGGGGAAAUCGGCCAACGUUCCAAAACAAUCCCACACAAAAGAUUUACGCUACACCGGUUAGUCCGUCCGAGGAAUCUAACCCGCCAUUUAGUUCAACCGCUAAGACAUUUUUGUCGACAACGCCGACAACGGUUGUCACGACUACAACCACGACCACAACAACGACCACCGAAGCGCCAACCACGACGACGCUCUCUCCCAACAAAGUAGCUAAGAUUCAGGAGAACAUCGCCAAUUUGCCGGACGAGGUGCCGGAUGACAUCAGGGAGCAGCUGUUGAGCUCCGGUAUUUUGGGCAACGCCGACAUUCAGAUCCUCGACUACGACAAAAUCGGCGACAUACCGAUCGACAAACUGCCACCGGAGGCUCUAGCAAAUUUCUAUGGCGCCGGAGGCGAUGCGGCAAUUGCCGCCGGCAGCGCGCCCGUGCCGGCCAUCGCCAAGAGGCCGCCAACGAAGACGACGCAGCUGAAGAAGACGACGGUGACCAACAACGGUGCCGCCGGCAGUGUGACCAAGUUUGAGCAGGCCACUUUGCGGCCCGGCGGUGUCGAGAUGAAAGUAGUACACUUCGAUCCGAAUACGGAGCAAGGCCGAGCCGUGGCGGAGCAGCACAUACGGGAUGACGCGACUCGACUUGAGCCGGUGGCCGUGGGAGUGCGCGACGACGCCGCGCAAUACAAUCGUUACCUGCCGCUCAAGGUGAGCGGCGCGUCCUUCCCGAUACCGGACGUGCCGGAGCUCAACGGCCGUAGGAUCACAAGCGUUGUGGUGCUGGCGCCCGUCGACUACAACUUUCCCGACGCGGAGAAAGAAAUCGCGGCAGAAUCACAGCGGCAGGGCAGGAAGGCCGGGGGCGACGCGCAGCCGAUAAAGUUUCUCGCCGGCGACACCCUCAAGCAGCUCGUGAAGAAACCAUCCGCGGAAAACUACAAGAAAUGGCUCGAGCAGGAGAGCCGCACCGAACCGCAGAGACAGUCCGUCGUGCUCUUGGUGACCAUGCUGAGAAACGACGACGGUCAGAAUGACAAGGAAAUCUUCAUGUACGACGUGACCUCCGGAUCCGUCAGCAAACUUGCUGGCGAUCUCUCAACAGCCUUCGUAGACGCUGCCGAAAGCAACUCCGACGGCACUGACUCUUUUGAAGAUUCCACGUUCUAAAGAAUAUUAAAGUUGUCUUGAAACAAAAAAAUUUAUCCGCAAAAAUAAUGUUUAAAACUCGUUUGAAGUUAAAUUAAAUUAUUGAAAUUUAU